AUGGGCAGCUUCCUCACGAAGCACAGGCCGCACUCGUCCUCUACUGCAUCUGCAUAUGCUGCUGGGGAUACCCGCACGGGUCCGAGUGGUGUAGUACGUGGACAGAUCACGUCCAAAGACAAGGCCGUGCUCGACCUCAAGAACGCCCGCGACCGACUCAGACGGUAUCAGACGCGACUCGACAUUGAAGCAAAGCAGUUGCACGACAGUGCAAAGAAGCUACUACAGUGUGGCAAACGAGACCGUGCAAAGCUCGCGUUGAAGCUGAAGAAGUACAAGGAGCAGCAGAUGCAGCAGGCGGACGGGCACCUGAUGCAGGUGCUGGGAAUGCUGGACACAGUCGAGUGGGAGACCCGACAGCUGCAGGUGUUUGAAGGGCUCAAGGCGGGCAACUCGAUUCUGAACGCUAUCCACAAGGAGAUGACAGUCGAGGCACUGGAAGAGCUGAUGCUUGAGACGGAGGAAGCACAGGCAAUGGCAACUGAGAUCAGCCGGAUCAUUGGUGGCAACUUGACGCUUGAAGACGAGGACGCUGUGCUCAGUGAACUCGCCGAGAUUGAAAAAAUGGCGGCAGAUACUCUCGCUCUUGCGAUACCGGAGGCUCCUCUUGCCACGGUGCUCGAGGCAGCACCGCCAUCACCAUCAUCAGCUGAACAAAGUACAACGCACAUCAGUCGCGCCCCUGCGAUACACAAGAAGGAAUCCGUGGCAAUGUUAGGGUGA